AUGACAGAGACUAACAUUUCACAAUGUGCCAUGAACGACGGAGGAUUUAUUGAGAAUGACGAACUGGACCCAAGGAUACAAACAGAACUCGAGAUAUUGAAUUCGUCAACAGAUGAAAUAAACAAGCUUGAAAAUGAGUAUGAUGAGGGUAGGACAAAAUUCCGACAGACAUCCGCCAUUUACACUCAGCGACUCAACUUACUAGCAAAGAAGCUUGGCAGGUGUAUCCGGAAAGCAAGGCCAUACUAUGAAGCCGUGGAGACAUCUAAAACUGCUCAAGUCGAGGCUCAACGAGCAGCAAGGAAAUACCAACAAGCCCAGGAGAUCCAUCGAAUGUCCAGGGAGGCAAUUCAACUGGCUGAGGAACGACUAAUGAGCGAACCAAAUAGGUGCAUGGAUACUGCUUGGCAAGAAAUGCUGAACCAUUCUACUAUGAAGGUGUUGAAUGCCGAACGGGAAAGAACUGCGAGUGAGAGGGAACACAGAAUAACAUCUACCAGAUUCACGGAAGCUGACGCUAAAGUUCAACAACUUUCAAAGAAAUUAACAAGGAAUAUUGCCAAAGCGAAGCCUUAUUUUGAAUGGAGAGCCGAGUACACUCUUAGGUUGGAACAACAGAAACAAAAUGUGGUCGAUCUCCAGAAAGCUGUCACUGACGCCAAGCAACAAUACGCAGACGCCCUCAGGCGCCUGGAAAGCAUAUCUGAUGAGAUCCACGAUAAUAGAAAGUUGAUGAAGACGCCCCCAGCGGGUACACGUGGAGUGGGCGUCGGUGCGGAAAGCGACGAAGAUAGCUCAUUGGAUAUCAAUUUUGAAAUUUCAUCAAUGGCUGCCUCACGUAACGCGUCAUUUGCAACUUUGGACGAUGACGUCAGCAGUUGUUCUAGUUUAGAAGUUUUCUCUGAUGACUCGAUGGAUAUGUUAACCUCAGGGAUAGGUGAUUUUUAUUUCCAUGACGACAAUGAUGAUGAUGACGAGAACCCCUUACGGGUGAAGAAACGUGCUUCCCUACUCAAGCGGCACGUGUCUGGGCGUUCAGAAUCAGACCUACAAUUUUCAGAACAUCAUUACCGCACCGAGAAAACAAAAACAGAGGCUGAUGACAAGAUGAUGCUGUCACCAGAGGGCGCAUGUUUCAGUGAAACCAAACCGUUUGACAUUCCGUCUACAGGGCGACAGAAAGUAAAAUUGUCAGCUGCUGGUCUAAGCAUUACCCCAGAUAUGGAACGAUCAAUGUAUUUACAAUAAAAAACGCUUGUGUAC